AUGAAUAUUGUAGACGAAACAAUUUAUAAUUUACUUAAUCAUUUACCUAAAUGUUCAUCUUCUCAAUCAAGCCAUUCAAAACAUUACUAUCGAUCAAUAUUUGCUUCAAAUGUUUUACAAAAUUUUAAUAAAGAAAAAUAUUCACAUCGUACGAUGGGUUUAGCUACUGUUUCAAAACCUGAUCCAACUCAUCCACUUCGACGACGUCAAAAUUAUACUGAAUUGCCUAAAGUUAUUCCAUUAAUUCGUUCACAUCGAAUGCCACCAAUUCCAAGAUUAAGCAAACAAAAUGAUCGAAAUAAAUUAGAAAAACCAUCAAAAAAUUUUAUUGAAUAUAAUAUUGAUCAAAUGAAAAACUCUCUACCAAUAUGUCCACGUCGAUAUGUUGUUUUGGAUAGAAAAGGAAAUAAAUUUCUUAUUGAUGGUAGUGGUUUACAAAAAGAUUUCAUUUAUAAAAAAAAUUAUGGUAAAAUUCCACGGUAUCUUGAAGCACGUAAAAUAUAUGAUGAACCAUCAAAUUCGAAUUUUACAGAUAAUUCAAUAAUAUUAAUACCACCUGAAGAACGUCUUUGUCUUAUUAAUAAUUUGAAAAAUCGUUACGAAGAUACAUUUGCAGAAUAUCAACGUCUACCAUUACGACUCGAAACAGCAUCGAUUAUUAUGAAAAAAAAAGAUUUAACUAAUGAAUUAGAUAGUAUUGAACGUGAUCUUGAUUUUCUAGAAAAACAUCAAAAAAUAUUUAUUGAUAACAAUUAUUCAGAUAUUAACAACAGUUAA